AUGGUUUACCAACAGGAGGCGCUAGGAGGAAGGAGUGAGGGCAUCGGCUGCGGAGGGUGGCUAAGGGACUUACCAAAGGGGCCGUUACCUACCACCACGGAGGAAAACGUCAGCAGUGGGAGGUACAUAGUGAUUACUGAGACCAAAACCUGGAGAGAAGCUCAGAGCUACUGCAGAGAACAUCAUACAGACCUGGUCAGUGUGAGGAACCAGACUGAGAAUAACAUGAUAAGGAGUUUGAUAAAGGACAGUGUCUCUGCCUGGAUUGGCAUGUUCAUGGACUCAUGGAAAUGGUCAGAUCAGAGUAAAUCCUCAUUCAGAAACUGGGCACCUGGACAACCUGAUAAUAAUGUGGGUAUUGAGAACUGUGCUGUCAUGCUGGUAACCGGCGAUGAACUGGGACAAUGGCAUGACCUUCCAUGUGGCACUAAAAAACCAUUUGUUUGCGAUGAAGACAAGCUGAUCCUGAUCAAUGAAACUCUGACCUGGAGAGAAGCUCGUAAUUACCGCAAAGUGAAUCAUGUGGACCUGGUCUCAGUUCACUCAGAGAAGAUUCAGAAGUGGGUGAUGAAGAGGGUUGAAAAGGCCUCCACUGCUCAUGUGUGGCUGGGCUUACGUCAUUCCUGCACCCUGCGCCUCUGGUUUUGGGUGAGUGGAGAGGAUGUCUGCUACCACAACUGGGCUCUAGGCAGUGGAAUCGGAGCAGAGGACUGUGAGAAGGUGCUAAGAACAGGAGCAGUGGAGUCUGGAGGAGUCAAACAGUGGGUCAGCCUGCCUGAGACCGAGAGACUCAACUUCAUCUGUAGCAACUACGAAAGUACGAGUAUCAGAUAA